GCUUUUGCCGUGAACUGCUUCUGUAACUGCGCCGAGCAGCCACGCAAGCUGCAAAACUCAAAACGUCUCCGCAGUACAAUAGUGGUCUUGAAAUGACGUGAGUCUAACGGCUCCUCGAAUCCUGUUUCGAGAUAAAUAGAUGGAAUAUUAUACCCAUCCGAGCUCAAACCUGCAUCCAGUCACUUGACAUCAUUCACCCGACAGCCUACUCACUAACAUCAUGGGCAAUCUUCUUUGGUUCUUCAUCGGUGCUGGCGCUGCCACUGUGUACACGAGGCGACGUGACCAUCUCCAGCAGCACGAAGACUUUCAAUCUGGAUGGUCAUCACAUCGAUGCCAUUCCCAUUCCUCUCAAAUUCCCUCCUCACAGGAGGUAGCUCAGGCGUCUUCCCCUAACAGGGAACCAUUCUUCCCUAGUGCUCCUUGGACCAAUAACUCCGCUUCUACCCCAUCGCUAUCUCAAAACGCUUCCGGUAGCAAUAGCACAACCUCCUCGUCGGAUCCUUGGGCCGUCGAAAAGGAACGCAUGCGGGAGAUCGGGAAUCAGGUUUUGGAAUUCUCGGAAAGCACACUUGACACAUUGCUGUCCACCAUUGCCAAUAUGAAAGCUAGAGUCGUCCAACAAAGACUGGACCGGGAAAAGCACGAGGAGAAGAAGAAUGUUGUGGAGGGACAGAUACAAGAUCCCCUACGAUAUGUAUAAAUGAUCCCUUGAUUUGUACCUACCAUGAUUGUGAACCACGUCGGAUUUCGGUGGGUUCUUUACUGUAUUUCUAUUGCCUAAUACACAUAACUCGACAUCUAUCAUGUUUGAGCUCUCGAAUCAUCAAUGU